AUGGCACAGAAGUUAGAUAUUCCCGCAAACCAGUCACCUUACUAUGUCUAUCCCUUUGGCCUGCAUGCUGCUCAUCGUGUCCACUGGGAUCUCGAGAUUCGGAAUGACACUUUAUACCUUCGCUCUCGGAAGUGCCACAGGGCCGCACCUGGCAAUCAUUCAACUUGCCAUGAAUGCCGCAUGUUAGCAGAUUCCAAGCUAGCAAAGGGAAUUAGGAAGCGUAUUGAAAAUGGGACACCACAAACUGCAAACCAUCAUCUUUGGUCAUGGGGUACCCUCCGUCAGGCCUUGGUGAAGGCACAGAAGCAAUUGGCAAUGCGUCAGCUUCUGGCAUUCAAUGCCAAUGUGCAGUUAGGACGAAAGACACGGGCAAUUGAUGAGCAUAAACGCUUGCUCAUGAUCGUGUCAUCUGGGGAUGUCAAGCGGGCCGAUGCUGUGAUGCGAGUAGCAUUGAAGAGGAGGAUGGGUGUGCGCAGAAUCGUGGAGCUCUUUAUGAAAGCGGCAAAGAAGGUGUACGCAGCUAGGUCCUUCACUGAGCAAGAAAUGGAACUGGGCUUACUGUUUCUUCGGCUGGGAGGCACCCGAUUGGCAAGCAUUGCACACAAUGCCCUUGGCACCCCUGCUGUCACCACGCUUCGGCACAAUCGACCAACAGAGCCACUCCGCGUCUCAACCGGACUCCCAACUGCCCAUGAACUUCAUCAUAACCUCUCGGUCUCACAGGUUGCCGGGACCUUUGGGAGUGGGGAUCACAUCGAGCAGCAUAAUGACAUUCUUGGGGCUUACAUUCUCAUGUUUGAUGAGAUCAAGAUUGAAGAAGUUUCGCGGUAUGAUCCAUCCACCAAUAACAUUGUUGGGGUAUGCCGUGAGCAUAGUAGUGGGUUUGCACUUGAGUACGUGAGUGCUGAUGAAGCCGAUCGCCUAUUUGAAGGGGUCCGGGAUGGAGCGGUACACCUGGCAGUGGAGGCUACCAUUGGAGCCGUGGGCUCUUUGUCAUCAUCUGCAAGGAUAUAUGGUUCCCGUCCGAUUCUAAUUUCGCCCACAUGCAAGCGCGAGAACGCUAGCAGCCAUGCCAAAUUAAUUGAAGUUGUUAUCGAGGCAUGCAGGAACGACUUGAAGGGUCCACUGUACAGUCUUGCAUCUGAUGGUGAAUCGCGUCGAGGGGCCGCACUUGCCCAGAUCACACUGAAGGAACCCCUCUCCGAUACAUCCCCCAUCUAUCCCUUACUUUCCCCCCUUCCAUUAUUCAACCAUCUUGUUGGUAAACAUGACAUAACCUGUGAUAAGGACUAUAAGCAUCUCUUCAAGAGAUUACGCACACUCACCCUGCGCCCAGCGGGUUUCAAUGUUUUUGACACAAUCAUCACUCCGCAAAUCCUCGAGAAACACCUUCGUCAAAAUGGGUUGUCAUUCACAACAAUCCGGGCUUUGCUGAACCCAGCCGAUAAACAAGAUGUACCGAAGGCUAUUGAGUUACUGAAGGCCAUCUGGGAGCUUCCCUUAAUUACCGAUGACAAGGAUCCAAUCAGGGCAGCCCAGUGUUGUGCUCUCUACCUUUUUGGUCGCGUUUGUUUCUUGUUUGUGCGACCCUAUAUCGACAUAACACUUAGUCUUCGGCAGCAACUUGAACAUCUCAGUGCUGCCGCACAUUUGCUCCUAGUCCUCUUCAGGGCAAAUCCAAAUAAGGGACGAUUUAUGCCAACACAACUCUAUGUUGACAUCCAGAUUGCCGUCAAGAAUGUUUUCUUUUGCAUAGCGAAAGAAAAAACUUACAAUCAAGAUGGGAAAUUCUAUAUCAUUCUCCUUGGAACAGAUCGCCUCGAGAUCGCAUUUGGUAUUUUACGCACAAUGGUUGGGAAUGAUGCAAAUGCUGAUACACUUCAGCUAUCAACCCGAUUGUCGCAUGUAACUGAAAUCCAAAACAUACUUGCUCACCAUCCGGAAUGGGACCGGAGUCCACGGCGUCUGAGGCUACCAUCCCUUCAAGAACUGGAAAAGGAAUCGCAGCGUAUUGACCAUAUCACACCAGCACUCUGGAAGGGGGACGUGAGCAUCAAAUAUGUACUCCCCCUGACAUGUUGGAUGAAUGGGCGUUCACUUGCUAUGACUGUUGACAGUAAAAUUGCUGGACAAAUCAACAACAUUGCCACUCACGGAGGGAUUGAUAUGCUCUCACCAUUUGGA